AUGGUCUCAAUUAGGUUGUCGCUUUUUAUUGUUGCCGCGUUUGCGGUAACACAGAUCGCAGGCCACGGUAUGAUGCUGGAGCCACCCAAUCGCAGUUCCUUGUGGAGGUACAACGACAGCUUACCACACAACUAUGAGGACAAUCAAAAUUUUUGUGGUGGAUUCGACGUACAAUGGACGCUGAAUGAAGGCAGAUGUGGAGUCUGUGGAGAUCCCGUAACCGAUCCUCAUCCUCAGGCUAACGAGAAUACUGGCACGUAUGGCAAUGGAUAUGUUGUGAGAACGUAUCAGGCAGGAAGUACAAUUGAUGUUUCCAUAUUGCUCACCGCCAAUCAUCUGGGAACGUUUUCCUAUAGUUUGUGUGUAUUGAAUGAUCCCAACGCUUCCGAGUCUGGCGAAAAUUGUUUCCAGAAAUUGCUUCUCGAAGAUGGUUCAGAAAAAUAUACCGUGCUUGCCAACGACUACGAUGUUAGGAACCGUGUAGUUUUGCCUCAAAAUCUGACAUGUGAAAGAUGUGUCCUAAGAUGGCAUUACAACACUGGAAACAGUUGGGGCACUUGCGAGGACGGUACUGGUGCUAUUGGGUGCGGACCCCAAGAAACUUUCCGUUCUUGUGCCGAUAUUGCAAUUGUCUAAAAAUAUCUUUUCCUACGUUAUUUGAAUAAAACAGAGAAAUAAAUAAUACUAUAUAAAAUU